AUGGACUCUCUUCCAGCGAGGAACAUCCCAACAAAGGCUCUCGUAGUGGAGAAACCCGGAGCUCCGUUUGUAUUACAAGAUGUUGUUCUGGACGAGGUUCGACCGAACGAGCUUCUCGUUGAGAUCAAAUACUCCGGCAUAUGUCACACGGACCUCGUUGUACAGGCGGGACAUAUGCCGCUGGGAUCGUACCCCGCCGUCUUAGGACAUGAAGGUGCUGGAGUGGUCCGCAGGCUGGGCAAAGGGCUGGAGGGAUUAGACAUAGGCGUUGGUGACCGAGUCCUUCUCAGCUACAGCUCUUGCCUGAACUGCUCCGCUUGCAAAGAAGGCCGCAAGGGUGCCUGCAGCAGCAUUGCAACGGUCAACUUCGUCGGCACCCGAGGAAGCGAAGGGGAAAACUCCGCUGUGAAUCUACCCAACGGAGGUCGCGUCCGCGGCACAUUCUUCGGCCAAUCCUCCUUUAGCAAACUGGCCAUUGUUGACGCUAGGUCGGUUAUUAAGUACUCUGGCUCGGUGGAAGAAUUGGCUUUCCUGGCUCCCCUCGGCUGUGGCUUCAUGACCGGAGCCGCGACCGUCCUGAACGUUCUCAAACCCAAGCCUGCUAGCAGUUUAGCUAUUUUCGGCCUCGGCGCUGUGGGGUUGUCAGUCCUAAUGGCAGCCAAGGCCGAGAGGGUCCAGGAGAUCCUCGCAAUUGACAUCGUCGAGUCUAGACUGCAAACUGCAGCUUCGCUGGGAGCGACCAAAACCAUCGACGGUAGAGAGCACGAAUCAGUUGAAGCUGCCAUACGCGAAGUGCUCCCCGAUGGAGCAGACUACAUUGUAGACACCACCGGGUUGGCCAGCAUGAUCGACCAAGGAGUAAGAGCCUUGGGCCACGGAGGAACUCUUGCUAUUGUCGGAACUCCUCGUCCUCAGGAACAGCUAAGAAUCGAAGCUCUGGAUAUGUUGACUGGUUGCAAGACAGUAAUUGGGGUCACCGGAGGGUAUUGUGACCCCCAGAAGAACUCUUUCGAUCCGGAUCCUUCCCAGUUGACGGCUUAUGCAAGACAUACCCCGUCAUAA